UCGUAGAUGACAGAUUCCUUAGGCAUCACGUUCGAUCGGUUGGAUCAUCGUGAGGUCCCGGGUCCAUUUCCAGAGCAAGGAAGCACGAAAUCCAAGCCACGAAGAAAACCUGCCUGAGCACAAAAUUCCAUUGCACUCUCUUCUCUCCCGAUCGAUUCCGUUUCCCAGUCACAGACCCAACCGAUUUCGAUUCCCAGUUCGCAAUCACGAUACUCCCUUGGAGGAAAUUCAUUUGCAGUCCAUGAUGGAAGAAGGCGGGACCGACACCAACAACAAAACGAAGAACUCGCCGCCGACAAGUGAAAGUAUGGAGUCCCGCGGGACUCGCGGAAAGGAUGAACCGCCACAGCCGGAGCAGGAAGUGAACACCGGUGGAGGCGGUGGAGGAGGAGGCGGAUGGGGAGGUUGGGGUUUCUCUUCAGUCCUCUCAGAUCUCCAGAAAGCUGCCGAAGAGAUCUCUCGCAAUGUGCGGUGUCAAAACUUUCAAACUCAAAUCGGUUUACUUAUCACUUCAUUCCUCCAUGCUUUGAUUCUUAUGAGUGUUCUUGUAUUUGGCUGUGGUUUUGAGUUUUUUUCGGCUCACUGUUAGAUCCAGUUCAAUGGCGGACUCAGGGGUUUCGAUGUAAUGUACAGAAGAAAACGAUGAUUUGUGAAUUAUUUACUUCAUUGGCUCUGUUACGCUGGAGAACGCGGUUGCAUGUAUAUAUAGUAUGUAUGGAUCUUGUAUGUUUCAGCUGAACUAUGUUACAUUCUGGAUGCAGGCAGCUGUGGCUGCAGAGAAAGCUGCAAAAAGCAUUGCGGAUAUGAACCUCGCCGAGGACUCUGAAUCCUCCAAGGGUGAAGAUGAGGGAGAUGAAGCUGCAAGUGAUAAGCAAACCGAAGAGGAGACGGAUGAGUUACGAAAAUCGGCUUUGGAUAAGUUGGAGAAAGCUAGUGACGAGUCCGUACUCGGUCAGGGCCUAAAAGAUCUUGAUCACUCCGUGGAGAAUUUUGCUACUGGAGCUUGGCAAGCAUUAGGAAAUGCAUGGAAAAGUAGUUCCAGCUUUGUUCAAAGGCUAGAGAAUUCUGCCGUGAACCUUGCAGAAACAAUUCAAAAGGAUGGCAUACAGGGUGCAGCUGGUUCUGUUGCACCAAACUUGCUAGAGUCUGGGAAGGCAUUCACAACUAAAGGAAUGCAAGUACUUGAAUAUGUUGGCAAGGAGACAAUGGAUCUCUUAAUCACAGAGACCGGCAUGGAUAUUGAGAAGAAUUCUAAAGGCCCUGGAAAAGAGGGUGAGGAUCAGUUGCUUGAGGAUGUAACAUUUGAUCGAUGCUUCUAUAUAUAUGGAGGUCCAGAGCAUUUGGAGGAGCUGGAGGCCUUGUCCAGCCAUUAUGCCCUCUUGUUUAAUCGAAGGAAAGCAAAAUUGUCAUCAGAACAGAAGUCUGUACUUGAUGGACAGCUUAAAAUGGUUCAGCAAACUUUGGAUCUGGGUAUUGAAAUGGAUGGAAAUGGAACCGAGUCAAAUAAAGGGAAGAAAGUGGAGACUGGAACUAAGGGAAGUAGUGAUGAAAUGAAAACCUUGCAUGAUUCAAGUGUCAGCAAAGCUGCUGACAUGGCUGCAGGGUAAUGUUAGCUUUACAUCUGACUGCUGUAAACUCCCACUCUUGUCCUUGUGGCUGUUAACUAAUGAGAUAUUGCUGUUGACUGCAAAUACUUUCCCACUCAUUUGCAGGUUUACCAAUGCUCUAGCAGGGCAAAGUGCAAAUGACAUGAUUCAAAGAACUUCCGGCAGAUUAGACACUCUUCACUCAGAGGGAAUUCAUAGACUCUCCGAUAUCACCUGUUCUGCGGUCUCCCAGCUUCUGAUGCUUGGUAAAUCCAUAAUAGCCCAUGCUAACAAACUUCCCAAAGAAGAUGCCGAGGAGGACGUCAUAAAAGUCGACUGGCCUGAAGAUUCUGUUGACAGAGCGAAGCUAAUCAGGGAAAAAGCACAAACUAUGGCAGGAUACGUCGAAGCUGUUUCCAACAGCUUUAUCACUGGCAUAGCCGAUGUAGCUGAAGCUUAUCUAGCAGCCAUAAAGGGCACAACCACUGCUGCAGAUAGCCGUGAAGAUCUUCCGAAGAAAUCGAUCGAAGAAAAAGCCAAGACCUUCGCCCAGCUCCUCCGGAGUGAUCACAUCACAGCAGUCGGGAAAAUACGGGAUGGACUUCAGUACCUGUCAUAUGUCAUCAUCUCCACAUCUAUGCCUGCUGCUGCUGCUGCUUGAUAUGCAACUUGGCUUUCUGUCUGGUUCCAGUUUGUCUGUGAUUGUACUUUGUACAUAAUGGUUCAGGAUAGGAUGAGCAUUCUUGGUUUCUGAUAAGAAUAGCUCAAAACUGACUUGGGUUUUCUUAGCAAGGGUUCAAAUUUGAAUACUAGAGACCUCUCGAGUGUUAGAACAGGUUGUUUCCCAUGUGAAGGACUGGUACUGCUAUAUGAUCAAUAAUUAGAAGGCAACCAAGGAAAAAGAUAUAUAUACGGUGGGAAUGUGUGGGUGCAAAUUAGAACUGUUUUUGCUUUCUUUUCUUCGCCAAGUGAAAAUGAGAUUUUUGAUGUUUGAAAAGAUGACAUGAUUCAGCGG